AUGUCUGCGCCCGAAGCAACCGAGCCCAAGGUCGAGGAGCCUAAGAUCGAGGCGCCCAAGGCCGAGGAGACCCCCGCCACUGGCACCGCCGAUGCGCCCGCCACCGAGUCCACCGGCGAGGCCGACAAGCCCGUGACGGCCCAGUCUUCCGUCUUCAGCAUGUUUGGAGGAGGCGCUAAGAAGGAGAAGAAACCCGAGGACGAGGACCGCGGCGACAACUCUGGCAGCAACAAGGCUCAGCGCGAGGCCGCUGCCGCCGCCGCUGAUGACGAACAGGCCCCCGAGUCGGAGGAUGUCCACUUUGAGCCCGUCCACAAGCUGACGGAGAAGGUCGAGACGGCCACCAACGAGGAGUCUGAGCAACAGCUCUUCAAGAUGCGCGCCAAGCUGUUCAAGUUCAUCAAGGAGUCCAGCGAGUGGAAGGAGCGCGGCACUGGCGACGUCCGUCUGCUGAAGCACAAGGAGAAUGGCAAGACCCGUCUCGUCAUGCGCCGCGACAAGACCCUCAAGGUCUGCGCCAACCACUACAUCGUCCCCGAGAUGAAGCUCUCCCCCAACGUCGGCUCUGACCGCAGCUGGGUCUGGAACGCUGCCGCCGAUGUCAGCGAGGGCGAGCCCGAGGCCGCUACUCUUGCCAUCCGCUUUGCCAACUCCGAGAACGCCAACCUCUUCAAGGACGCCUUCCUCCAGGCGCAGAAGGACAACGAGGCGCUCUUCAAGAAGGCCGAGGAUGGCGAGGCCUCCACCGAGACCCCCGCCGCAGAACAGUCGUAA